GGUCAACGAAAAGGCAAACGGCAUUACCGCUUGGGCAGUGCUUCGAGAACAGCGUAAAGUGAACGCGAACUCUUCAAAAUAUUCUUUGCGAAUUCGUAAACCUUCCUUAUCAUCUUGUAGUAUUUAGUACUAAGAAAACUUAAAAAUCAAGACUUGGGAGUGAAUUUAGUGAGAAAAUGAAGACCUAUGCAUUUAUUUUAUUGUUUUUCUUGUAUUACGUCGAAUGUCGUAAAGCUGUGCCGAUCAACAAAAAUGCUAAUAUUGAUUUUAUUAAUAUGGAGGCAGCAGUGAGACCCGAUAAUGUUCGGCCAACUCCAGUUCCAGUUCCAAUAGCAGGACCAUCAAAGCCAGUUGCACCGGUUUCUAAACCUCAACCGAUUCCUCAACCAGUUCCUCAACCCAAAAGUCCAUCAGCAACCACAGCAAAACCUAUUGUGCAACCUAAACCCCUACCGACUCAAAAUCCCACUUUGAUAACCCCCAAACCAGUCAAUCCUGUUCCAGUCGCUCAACCGAUCUCCACUCCAGGACCUGGAAAUGUCAAACAACUUAUUACUUUUUAUGAUAGUCAGGGAAAAGCAAGCCCCAUUCGCCCUUAUUCAUAUAGCCAAGCUGUUAAACAGGGUUAAAAGGUUUCUAAAAUAAAAAUAAAAAAAUAAUAAAAUAAAUCCCAA